AUGAUUAAAAGGAUUUGCCAUAAUCACAGGCAAUUAUUGCUAUUAUCAAUUUCAUAUUUGGCUCAGUCAGCUUUUGCUGCAUGCAACUAUGAAGUAGUAGUAAUUGGUGCUGGGAUAUCAGGAAUUGCAGCUGCAAAGUCUCUAAAGGAUUCAGGAUGCAAUGUUACUGUUCUAGAGGGUCGAGACAGAAAAGGUGGAAGGUUAUGGACUUCUACUGUUGGUACAACGAAAAUAGAUAUGGGAGCAUCAUGGAUUCAUGGGAUCGGAAAGGGAGCUGAUGGUCUGAAAAAAUGGAAUAACAAGUUCAAUCCAAUAUAUCAGAUCGCAAGGGACAACAACAUUGCUACUGUAUCUACUUGGGAAGAUGAAGACAAUGCAGAGGAAGCUUUCUUCUGGUGGCAAGGUGGCAAGACUUCUUAUGACAUUUCUUCUUUCACAGAAAAUUUUGAGCAAUUUUUUAAAGAUCGCUAAGGUUCAGCAUCUUAAACUACCACACUCGAACAACUAUUUGCAAAUUACCCUAUGACUGAUAACCAAGUGAAUAGAAACAUGAAGAGUUUCGCAUUUGGUUAUCUCUUUGGAUCAGAUUAUGCAGCUGAUCCUGAUUAGAUAUCAGCAAAAUAUGUGGAUACGGAAUCUUAUUUCAAAGGAGCAGAGCAUAUCUUCCCAGAUGGAUAUGUUUAAAUUCCUGAAGUCCUCUCCACUGGAACCAAUAUUGUGUAUGAACGUAAAGUGGUAGGAAUAGACUACUCUGGGAAUAAAGUUUCUAUCUCUACUCAAUCUGGAGCUACCUAUGAGUGUGAUAAAGUUAUUGUCACAGUUCCAUUAGGAGUCCUAAAGAACAAUAUCAUUACCUUUACUCCAGCAUUACCCUCUGGUAAACAAAGCUCAAUUAAUUCCCUUGGAGCAGGGCUUAUGGAUAAGUUAGCUCUUGAAUUCAGUUCAGUAUUCUGGGAUGCGAAUAUGGACUGGCUAGAUUAUAUUUCAGAUGGGGAUUCGAAAUGGGUGGUAACCCUAAACAUCAAUAAGUAUUUAUAGAAACCUAUACUGCUAAUGUUUAACAUUGGAAAGGAUGCAUUGUCAUUUGCAUCAAUGACUGACCAACAGGUAUUAGAUUCUGCUAUGGCAACAUUAAGAAUAAUGUACCCUAAUGCUCCUGACUAUGUAAAUUACAAAAGAUCGAACUGGGGUCAAGAUGAAUUUGCAUAUCAAUCCUAUACCUACAUUAAGGCAGGAGCAACUGAUGAAGAUCCUGGUAAUAUAGCUUCAAAUAUCGACAAAAAGGUUUAUUUUGCUGGUGAGCAUACCCAAUUCGAUUUCCUUGGCACUGUUCAUGGUGCUUAUUUAUCAGGGCUAGAUGCUGCCAGAGCUAUCAGUCAAGCUUGGAAAUUCAAGGCAUUUGCUUCUGGGAUGAUAUCCUUUUUAAUGCUCUUGACAUUAUUAUUCUGA